GGAACAGACAUGAGGAUAUGCUCCAAAGUGCCUUAAGGCGAAGGAAAGAUCUCCUGCAGGAGCUUCGGGAGCAGCACCUUCUGGAAGAGCUUUCACAGCCCCCUGCACCAGCUGGAGGACACUGUCAUAACCACAGAGCUGCCCACCCGCAUGUCUACAACAUACCUUUUCCAGCUCCUCAGCCAGAGCCACCAAGGAUUAUCCAGCAGACGAUGCCGCCUCAGCCUGCCACCAUCAUCCAGCAGUUACCUCAGCCGCCCCCCCUGAUCACGCAGAUCCCCCCUGCCCAGCCUUUUGCAGCCCCCCGCUCUGGAAGCAUUAAAGAAGAUAUGGUAGAGAUGAUGCUGAUGCAGAACGCUCAGAUGCACCAGAUCAUCAUGCAGAACAUGAUGCUGAAGGCUCUGCCACCGAUGGCAUUCGCACAGCCUGCUGGAGCCAGCUCUCCCCUGCUUCAGCAUGCACAGCAGGACCUGCAGUUUGCUGCUCCCCUGACCGUGAAAGCAGACAGGCCCAGGCCAUCGGCGGUGCACCACCACCACCACUACCCUCCCACAGGGGUGCUCCCAGUGCCCCACGCGGGCUUCCCGUCCACAUCCGCGGCACAGCACUGGACUGGCAGCACGCUCCCUGCCCUGCCCACGUAA